AUGUUUAAGAAAAUUGAGUCACCCACUGACUGUGAGAUACAAUCUGUUAUUCGAUUCUUGAGUGCAAGAAACUUGGCAGCAGCAGAAAUUCACCAUGAGAUUUGUGAAGUUUACAGUGAUAAUGCUAUGAGUGACAGUAAAGUUCGAAAGUGGGUAAGAAUAUUCAAGGUCAGGCAAGUUAAUGUGCAUGAUGAGCCAUGCCCUGGCCAACCUUUUCCGAUUUCUGAAGAUUUGAUUUGUGAUGUGGAUAAAAUUUGAGAGGACUGACAAUUCACGAUUUUAAUGUUACCAAUUGAAUCUCCACAGGUUUCAAGAUCAGUUUUGUAUACCAUUGUUUCGGAGAAACUGAAUUAUCGAAAAUUGUGUUCUUGGUGGGUUCCAAGACUGCUUUCUGACGAUCACAAAACAAAAAGAUUGGGCAGUGCUUUAUCGUUUUUGAUUCAAUACGAUCAGAAAGGAGAUGAAUUGUUGGACCACAUUAUUACAGGAGACGAGACUUGGGUGUCUCACAUGACUCCUGAGUCCAAGCAACAGUCAAUGGAAUGGGACACACAUUCCAUUGACUGUUGCUUGGACUCAGGACUCAUUCGCCAACCAAAGUGAAAGCCGAAUAGUCCAUUUCAGCAUGGAAAAUUAUG